GUGGGCACAUGUGGGUGGCACUGCUGGGCACAGGUAGGUGGCACUUCUGAGCACAGGUGGGUGCACUGCUGGGCACAGGGUGGGCGCACUGCUAGGCACAGGUGGGUGCGCUGAUGGGCACAGCUGGGCGCACUGCUGGGCACAGGUGGGUGCACUGCUGGUCACAGGUGGGCGGAACUGGUGAGUGGCACUGCUGGGCACUGAUCAUCAGGGCACUAAUUAUCAGUGCCCUGAUGAUCGGUGCUGAUCCCUGCUCUGACAACUGCCGGGUUCUCGGCAGUACUUUACUCCCGCUCUGACAGCGUGAGGAAAGUGCAGCCGAGAACCGGCAACUGCAU